CUCUUGCUCUGGGAUGUUCAAGGGCUGCUUAAUGAGCCCAGCUAAAUGGGCUCUCUACAUAGCAUUCCGGCCCAGUUAAUAUAGGAAGAUAUAAAACAGACGGAUUUCUCUUCUCUACCUUGGAAUAAUUUCUAGGGUUUUGGAAGUGACCGCAGUGAAGCGCGGAGCCGCACAAGGAUGGCGAGGAUUAAAGUUCACGAGUUGAGGAACAAGAACAAGACAGAGCUCUUGAACCAGUUGAAGGAGCUUAAGUCCGAGCUCGCUCUCCUCCGCGUCGCUAAGGUCACCGGCGGUGCGCCGAACAAGCUCUCCAAGAUCAAGGUGGUGAGAUUGUCGAUUGCGCAGGUGCUGACAGUGAUUUCUCAGAAACAGAAGGCCGCGCUGAGGGAAGUUUACAAGAAGAAGAAGUUGUUGCCUCUGGAUCUCCGUCCCAAGAAGACCCGUGCUAUUCGCAGACGCCUCACUAAGCACCAAGAGUAGAAGAAUGCUCAGCCUAGAAAGAUGCUGUUCACUUCAUACGAGCUUAGAAAUAGACAAGUAUUUGCAGAGAAAUGAAAGCAAUACAAGUGGUGGCGACAUGGUUUUUGGUGGAAGCUCACGGAUUUGCAACUCCGAUGGUUAACUAUUGUGAAUUAGGGAGGAGUGUUGAAUUUAAUGACGGACAUAAGGCAUCUCUGAAGACAGAGCGCGAGAAGAAAAAGGAGAUGUACUUCCCAUUGAGGAAAUAUGCAAUCAAAGUUUAGGGUAGUGAAGGAUUGAUUGCACUUCGAUUAAAAAUGUGUUGUUUUGUCAUUUGUGAGUCGAAUGCCAAUCUUUUAUUAGUUCAACCUCUGGGUUUGUUUUGUUGGAAGACCUAAAUUUCUUACUUUUUGUCUCAGAAUUCAUCAUCUUUUGUUCGUUCCCCUUGUUGUUUGCAAUGUUGCUCAAAUGCCACAAACAUCUCAAAAUAAACGGGUAUAGAGAGUGCAAUUACACCCAUUUCAUCUACCUAUAAAAGCAAAAAAAUAUACGCAAG